GUAAGUUUGAGGGAGCAGUGAAAUGCAAAUAAUCUUAUGCAAAUGCGAAGCCAAAAACCAUGUAAUUAGUGAAAAGUGGUAGUUAAUACGAUAACACCGCAUUGGUUCUCUCCUCCAGUGCUAAUACUCACGGAUUCCAGUGUUGUAAAGAAAGUUUCGCCAACAAAAAGUUAGCUCGUGAAAUCAUGGCUAUUGUCGGGACGAUUCUGUUUUCCCUGGCUUGUUUGCUGCUGCUGCGCCUGGUGCAGCUGCUGAUUUCGGUGCGAAAAACGCGGAACACCUCGACGAUCGCGCCACGGUCUAGCCCAGCCCGCACGAUGAUCGUGAUGGGAUCCGGAGGCCACACAGCGGAAAUGUUGCGCAUCGUCGAUCGGCUGGAUUAUGCGUGUUACACACCGCGGCAGUACAUCGUUGCAAGCACGGACCAAACGAGUGUUGUGAAAGUUAUCGAGAGCGAAAUACGGAGAGAGCCAGACCCAGCGAAUCAGGCGUACGAAAUUAUCACCAUUCCGCGCAGCAGAGAAGUCCAUCAGGGCUACCUAUCGGCCGUAGCCACCACUACCAUGGCGUUGAUCCAUAGCGUGCCGAUCGUCCUGAAAAGUAGGCCGGAGCUUAUACUCACGAACGGGCCGGGUACAUGCAUUCCCAUCUGUAUCGCCGCUUUCCUGGCGCGUCUUUUGUUUCUCAACACCAAAUGUAGGAUAGUGUUCAUUGAGAGCUUCUGUCGAGUGCGCAGCCUGUCGCUGAGCGGGCGAAUCCUAUUGUUCAUCGUGGACAUGUUCGUUGUGCAGUGGCCAGAGCUUGCUCAACAAAUUGCUACUUCUCGAGAGAACGUGCAAUGCUUCGGACGUCUUUAGAAUCUCU